ACCAUGUCAGAUAAACCCAAUAUGGCUGAGAUUGAGAAAUUCAGUAAGUUGAAAACGAAGAAGACAGAAAUGCAAGAGAAAAAUCCACUGCCUUCAAAAGAAGCAAUUGAACAGGAGAAGAAACAGGUGAAUCCUAAUGAGGAAGGAGCAACUGGCUGCGACAGCAAUGCCAGGGCUUACCGGGUCCAGAGCUGGAGGGAGCAGUUGUCCUCAGCAGCGCACCGGGGCUGCCGCUAG